CCAGUGGACCUAAUACAUUUUCAUCAAUAUUAAGAAGUUAUUGACCCAAAACAAGCUCCUAUCUGUUGCUUGUAAGUUAGUUUUAUCUUAUCUCAAAUGUACAGAGAUAUUCGCACUAAAAUAGGCAAAAAUACGUGUUAAGAUUUUAUUUUUAGAACAGCUGCAUUUAUACUUAAAUGGAGCUGCAAACACAGAGAACUUUAUUUUAUGGACUUUAUUUAGGAGUUUCACAUUAGAUGGGAAUGUUGACAAAUGCUCACUUUUUUUGUUGUUGAAAAUAAUAAUAAUAAUAAAAAAAACUGUAAAGUAUUCACACUUUGCUUUCCAAUUUCCAAAAUGGUGGAAUGCAACUCCGGUAAAAUGCACAGACAUUUGUGGUCACAAUGUGACAAAAUGUGAAACAUUUCAUAGAUUUAAAAGCGGUGCUCUCGGGAACACAGAAGGAGCAGCCGACACCGAACAACAAAAAAUGAAUGUCCCAGAUUGUCGGUGUCAGUUUCCCUUUGUGUCUCCCAGUGGGCGUCAUUUGACCGUUGCGGCAGGGACUCCUCACGUUCCAGGUAAGAAGAGUUCACCAGGAGUCAGGCUGUGUGGCUCCACGACUCCUGCUUUUGUAUUUAGAAAUGAUUGUCUUCUAGUUCUGGCUUUAGACAUUGACCAAGGUCUGCUUCUGUUUUUGUCUCUCCGCUGUUCAAAACUGCGUUGUAUGAAGUGGAGCUACUUCAUAGCACACACUGCUACGUCCCACCUUGUGUGUGUAUGAGUUGAAGACGAAGUGAGGACGUCACACAAUGAAGCAGAGUUCUUGAGAAGGUCAAGGGUCUUUGGCAUCAGCUGACUCAUUUUCACAGCGUCAGAAUUCAGUCCUACGACUGUGAAUCCAGGAUUGUUGUGGGGACGAUAACUGAUUUCCGACCAGGACUUGAGUUCAUGAGUUUGUUUCCUGUGACCCAGCUGUCCGCAGGUCCGUCUGACCUGAUGACUCGGAGACAGAGCCUCACCAUGGACUCCAGAUUCGUCUUCUUCUUCUUCACCUCAGCUCUGGUUGCGGCAGCAGCAGUGACUGCCUCUCUGUCCGGCAGCACCGCGCAAUGUAAAAUCAAAUGGUUGUUUGGCAUUGACUGCGGGAACGUUAGCGGCCGGCUGGUGGACCAGAUCCAGAGCUGGCAGGUGAAGGGAAGCUGUCUGGACGAAGGGGAGAAGUGCUCCUACCAGCUUGUGUCCUCAGCUCCGUAUCUGAUCAAGGCCACUCACACGUCUCCCAGAACCAAGACGCUGAACAUCCUCCAGUUUCUCCUGGAGCAGUCCACCGUCUGCAGAGUGACGGGCGAGGCGACGUCCGAAGGCUCCAAAGACCCGGCCGACAACGCCACCAACUUCUGCAGUCUGCAGAACCUCGUCAACGGAAGCAAGCUGACCGACGCCGAAGGAUACAAACAGUUCAGCAACAAGUGGAUCUGUCCGGGGUUUGAUUCAGCCGUCUGCAGCUUCUCUUAAGACAGGAAUAGAUGGAUAAGAUUUUUUUUUUUUUUUUUACAUUUUUUGUACAAAUUUUCUUUUUCUAGAAGUGUCUUGUGUAUUUGUAUUCAGGUCUGUAUUUUGCAGAACUUUCACUGCAACAUGUUUGGUGUAUUUCUCUAAUACACUAAUACUGACUAA